GAAUGACAGUCGUCUUUUGGGAGUUUAUGAUGUAGUUUGCAGGUACCCACGUGUUAGGUGACAGGCAGUCAACCCUCAGGGAUGCGUGGACAUGCGAAGAGUGCACCUCCGAAUGUUAGGGCCGCGUUCUACCUCCGCCUUGAAACCGUCAUUCUGCAGAUUUCCAAGAUAUCAGAGCGAACGUGGCCCAAGGCGGAGACGUACGGUAUAGGGCUACAUUGGUAUCGUAAUUCAGCCAGCGCCGUGCGCCUCUCCUCCGCAGCCUUAUCGUGCCGUGAACAGCCCUAUCGGAUCUUUCUAUUGCCGGCUACCGACAUCAUGUUCAUUUCGGCCCACUGACUGAUCUUGGUGAUCAUCAAUUUUAGACGCGGGCACAUGUGUUUUCUGGAGGCAGACACAUACAAACGAGGACGUAUCUGUGGGUACUACGCCGGGAAUAGGCGAGUGUCACUGAAACAGAUAGCCCACAAAACUUAAUGUUUCGUGCCCACUGGAAGAAAGCUCUCCUGGGUGGAUAGCGGAGUCGAGUAUUACUUUUCCAGAUGGCCGACGCGUGACCAUUCUCCGUGGAUUUGUGUUCAGGCAAUAUACUCUUUUUUGGAUCUAGUGAAAUACAUCGCACAGGAAUUCACCAGGCUUUGUGACAUGAAUUACAGUGGAAAUUAGUUUGGUUACACUCCUGGGCGAACCCUUGUCUUUGAAAACUGUUUUCUCAGUGAAGGUGGUCGCUGAAAAGAGGAAAUUCGAGCAUGGCAGAAAGCGCAGAGAACUUCCAUUACUGCCCUGGAUAUGUGGAUGAACAUGGUCAAUGGAACAAUGGGUUUACUUGUCCCAAGUGGUCAUCAUCGCCGACUCAGCAGUACUGCUGUGGAUCACAAUACAAGCGUUACUGCUGCACACCUGGAGAAAGCCCAUCAACAGUGCUCACCUUGGCAACUACACCCCGCGUCACAACAGUGGCAGUUGUAUCUUCAGAGCUAGAAAACAUUCCGUUGGUUGUGGGAAUAGCCGUUGGUGGAGUUGUGCUGUUUAUAAUAUUCAUGUUGCUGUGCUGUUUUCUCUGUCCAUGCUGCUUACUGAACAGAAACCGAGGGCGAAAACGACCACCUUCUGAUGAUGAAGCCAGCAUUGAUGGUCGGGACAUGCGACGGCGAAGUGACAUUUCCUCGCACACAUUACGCACCUCUGUCAACACCCAGUUCACAUCGACACCCUCCAGGGCAGAGUCUCCCCCACCCCCUGGCACCACCCAGCUACCACUGGUCAUCGACAGGCAGGGGAUGGAUGGCAGACCACACACCUGCCAAAACAACUACAGGGGUAUAGUUAUAGGAACAGUGCCUCCCUAUAUGAGAGAAGAACCUCCUCCAUAUCCUGCUGAGGUCCUCGAGGGACUUAAACCGCUCACCUGUAGCCAGUUUCAGUGCUGCCAGAAAAACUGUGUUCAUCACAGUUACAGUCAAUGCUGUCAGAACAGGUGUGGUCACCAUAGUUACAGGACUCCAGAGGUGUGUCCCCAUGAGGAGGUUGAUCCCCUUGUCCACCACGUGGGGAACCAUCAAACCAGCACUGUCACAAACUUACUCCCCCAGAAUUACCAGCACCACACCCAGGGGCGCUAUGCUCGUGCCCACUCCCCACGGCCAGUCUCUCCUUCUCCCGGGCACAAUGCAACCCCGUGCCGGCAUGUGCAAAUCCAGAACAGAUAUGCAAUGUGAUCACAUUUCAAACAACUUCAGAGAGAUUGACAAGGACAUACAUUUGUCAGUGGUUAGCCAUUUACAAAUACAGAAUGAAAACUGCACAUGGUGUGGAAAUGCGAGAGCUCUUCAGAGACUAAGUUGGGAUUCUGGUGACUGACUUUAAGUGUGAACCAGUGUCCAUUCCUGUUGUGAAUUAUAAUGCUAGUCUUCUCCACAGGUGGGGAAGUGGACAUAGUUUUAGCUCCAUCAACAUGCUGAAUAGUGUGAUAUGUGGAAGAGGAAAUGAUUUGUAUCAUGAGGAUCCAGAGAAAGCGGCAUGGAGAUUUUUGUUCCAGCUUGUCAUUUCAGAUAUUGUCCAAGCUAGAGAAGGCUGGGAAUGGAAAUGGCUCACUGGACACGUAUAUCCAAACCACAUAUGGAUACUAGUUUUACCUGUGGAAAUGGUGGCGUUUUGCAUUGUUUUAAACACCUGUGGGAAAGAUCUUGCCAACCGUGUGGUUAUGACUACAGAUUACUGCGGAGGCAACAUGGAGUUGUAUAGGAACCUAUGUGCAAAGCUAUAUAUAUCACUUCAUACAUCAUUGUAGGUCUAUACAACGUAUCACUCAGUCAGAUUUGCCCAAUUUCAGAAUUCCUGAGAGCAAAUAAACAAAAUGGAUGAAUUUCCCCAGAGAAUCAAUUUUUGGUUCUUGGGAAGCCAUUACAUAAUUUUUAUGACAAGUUUGGAUAAUUUUUAUGACAAGUUUGGAUAAUUUUUAUGACAAGUUUGGAUAAUUUUUAUGACAAGUUUCAGUCAUUUAAGCUUUAACUUUUGAUGCAUAUUGAGAUUGCUAAUCCUAUUGAGUAUACCUAGGGAAUUUGCAGAGAGGGACAUUGCUGCUCUAAGAUAAUGGUGCAAAAAACAGAAGGAGUGUCUUCCUGUGUGAUGUGUAUUAUACAUAGGUAAAUGUAUAAAGGAUUAACAUUGCAGAUGGUUUUCUGAUCAGUUGUAGUCAACAGUAGCUUGGCUUUGUUCACACAAACAGCCUGCCCUUGUUCACACAAGCAGUCUGGCCUUGUUCACACAUGCAUCCUGGCUUUGUUCCCACAAGCAGUCUGGCCUUGUUCCCACAAGCAGUCUGGCCUUGUUCACACAAGCAGCCUGGCUUUGUUCACACAAGCAGUCCGGCCUUGUUCAUACAAGCAGCCUGGCUUUGUUCACACAAGCAGCCUGGCUUUGUUCACACAAGCAGCCUGGCUUUGUUCACACAAGCAGCCUGGCUUUGUUCACACAAGCAGCCUGGCUUUGUUCACACAAGCAGCCUGGCUUUGUUCCCACAAGCAGUCUGGCCUUGUUCAUACAAGCAGUCCAGCCUUGUUCACACAAGCAGCCUGGCUUUGUUCACGCAAGCAGCCUGGCUCUGUUCCCACAAACAGUUUGGUUUUGUUCCCACAAAAAGCCUGUGAUCACACAAGCAGCUUGGCUUUGUUCACAUUAAGAGAAGACUAUUAUACAAACUCUUUGCCUGUUUGUGGGAUGUCUUGUGGCACUAAGGAGUUAGCUUGUGAGCCUUUCUUGACAUCUUGUAGGCAUGUCGUGACAGCUUGUGUGACUCUAGUGACAGCAUGUGUGACUCUAGUGACAGCAUGUGUGACUCUAGUGACAGAUUGUGGGACCCUAGUGACAGAUUGUAGGACCCUAGUGAUAGAUUGUAGGAUUCUAGUGACCGAUUGUAGGAUUCUAGUGCUUUACAUGAUGUGAGCUCUUGUCCUUUAUACCUGUAAUUUAAUACUUGUAUGUGAUGUAUACAAUUUUCAGUGUUGUUUUUUAUUCUUUUUUAAUGUUUAUAUAAAUAUGAUAAUAUUCAGCAAACCCACUUGGUACAUGCAGUUUUUUUCAAAUGGCCAUGAAAAGAAAUUUCAGGUCUCUUUUUGCUGUAUUUUUUGCAAGAUUUCUAUUCACUUUAUAGAGAUGUAUUAAAAUGUUUUCACAUGCGUAGGUCUAGAGUACAACAUCCUAGGCACUCAAGAGACCUGUUCCAGAAUGAUCAUUCAUUAGAUUCAAAACAGGGUGUGUGAAAACAGAUAUUUUUGUGCAACCUUCAUGUAGUGUUUAAAAGUUGGAUCAUUGUCUUCGGUACUUAUAAAACUAUGCCAUGCUGACCUGCUAAAGUGAGAGUGAGUCCAUGGUGGUUUGACUGAUGAGCUAAAGCCUCUUCAGAUGUCAAAAUUCUUUAGUUGUGUACUGCUUGUAUUGCUCACUUUGUGACAUGAUGACUUCAUCUUCUCACAUAUGCUCCUUUGAAUUCAGGAAGUCACAAUUUUCAUUGAACCAGUGCCUCAAGUUGUCACCAUGUCCUUCUCCACGCUGUCAUGGAUUAAUCGCUCAAGGGACUCAUAACAUACACAUGGAAGUUGUAUAACUGGUGCAGAAGAUGCUUUUUCUUCUAUUUGAAAAGGUUACAGAGGUUAUUUGGAUUUCCUUAAACUGUUUCCAUGGGCUGUGCCAAAAAGGGGAGACAAGUCAGAGAUGGAUAGGCGCACUAACGGCUGAACAUGGUGUGCAAGAGACAAGAGAGUGUCUCAUAGACUUUAUUUCACCAGGCAAAAACUUGUUUAAUUUAUCACCAUAUAUACUCGAGUAACCCUGUUGUGUUUUUGUGUACACAGGUUAAUUGUAAACAGAUGUAAAUGAGCUAUCUAGAGUGUCUGCAUGCGUAGAGGUCUGUGUAUUUCAGGGUUAGUGCUGAGACAGAUUUGGCUGUUUAUUUAGUACAUGGAUAUUAAUUAAAAGCAUUUUUCAGUGGCUGUAUUUAGUUUUGGUUUUUAGUUCAGUUAAUGGAAAGAAUGAUUUCUAUCAAAAUAAUGUCUUCUUUAUUUAUCAUUAUAUCCAGUGAUGAUGAUUUCCAUAUCUACAGUGUUUUUAACAUGAGCUCAACUUAUUAUUAAAGAUGCCUACAUUGCACUAUUUUAAAACUAUUUGAAAAGAGCAAUCUUCUCUCAGUGGUUUUUGACAAAGGGGUCUUUCCUAGUGGAAAGAAAUAAUUUUUGUCAUGAACUAUUUGCUGUAGAUUGCACUCGUCAAAUAACAAACAAGGACAAACAAUUCAGAAUAGACUUGGACAGUUUUUGUUGUACUACCCAUUUAAUUUUACUGUAAAAUACAACACUUCCAAGAUGGAUAGCGGGAAGUGAUGGUUUACUGUAAAACAAAAUUGGUUGUAAUCCUUAAACUGAUCAAGUUAAUGAUCCAACUUUUAAAUGCUCAUCAGACAGAAAGCAGUCACUUUAUACCAGCGAACAGCCUUAUUAAUGUCUAUGUGCACCAUUGAGGACACUGGUGAGGCUUUUCAUUUGUCUAUUAUUAGAUAAAUUCAUGCUAAACAUCUAAGUCUAAGGCCUUAUUAAAAAUUUAUGCUAAUGUAUACAGUGUUUCAUGACUAGUCUAUGUACAUGACCAAAAUGAGAUACCUUUGAAUCUUAGCAAUUGGUGUGCACAUGAACUAAACUGUCAGAUGUUGUCAGGUGACUAGACAGGUGUUUCCUUUAUCCUGUGAAUAAACACCUGGCAUGUAUCUCCCUGUUGCAAUGUUAUGAAUGACACAAAAACAAUAAUGUAUGCACUGCGAAUUACUUUAUUUAUGUUUCAAUUUUACAAUAAGUACCUUUCAAUAUUUCUUAGUCAGCAAUCCUGACACAAAUAGCAAUCUACAGUUUUUAAAAUGACUGACAAAUUAUUAAGUAAUCCUCAAGCAUACAUACAUACAAAACUACCAAUGUUGUCGCUGUGAGUUCAAGUCCAGCUCAUGUUGGCUUCCUGUUGGGAUGUACAUGGGAAGAUCUAGUAACCUGUAAAUUGUAACAGGUUUUAUGUCCUUGCACCAUAAUGCUGGUCAUCUUCAUUUAAGUGAAAUAUUCUUGAGUACGGCAUGAAACACUAAUCAAAUAAAUAAAAUAAAUAAAUAUACAUAUACAAUACUUGGGCAGAUACAUGCAGUACUAUCUUAGGUAUCACCUUUAACAUUUACCUGCACCCUACAGUAACAUUAGUUUCACUGUUAUUGGAAGCUGAUGCUCAGGGUAUGACAUUAGGCAGGCUAUAUAUAGUGGUUGAAUGGUUUAGAGAAAGAGGAAGCUACCAGUGGUGGUAUGGCAUAGGGUCAAGCCAAUACUUUGUGACAUUAUAUUGUUAUAAAGGCAAUUAUUGCAUUCCUGUAACCUACGCUAGGGUUCUGCUCUUUGUGUCAUUACAUUUCAGGAGCACCAGGGGGGAUAAAUCUGAAACGUGUGCUUGAUCAACUUGAAGUUCACAUAACUUAUACUGUUAAAGACCUGAUACACUUUUAUAACCUUCUUGGAGGUGAAAUGUUUCUCAGAUCUUAAUAUAUUACUCUUCUCAGGCUAAGAAUAACCUGUGUUGCUGUCUGCUGUAAUGCUACGUAUGGUAUAUAUACUGAAUUUGAUGUUGAUGUUCAAGGAGUAUACAUAUUUUUGAAUGUAGGAUAACAUUUGUUGCCAUAGAAAUAGGAGUCAAAACCUCAGACUGAAUAAUGGUCAAGUACUGGGUGAAUAAAGGGGAGACUAAGAACUAAGAUAAGACUGUCGUUUGAUAAUCUGGAAAACACGCUUUAUGUAGUGCAAUCUAAAGAAAUCAGACUCGUGUUGGAAAAUUAUCACAUUGUAUCAACAAGGAGAGCUAGUACUCAUACCCUGAUAUAAUAUCCGAGAUUAGAAACAUUCA